AUGGCCGAACCGUCCAACGGUCCAACAUUACAGCCAAACAAAACGGUAGCUUACUUUUACGAUGCAGAUGUUGGCAAUUAUUCAUAUGGAUAUGGACAUCCAAUGAAGCCACAUCGAAUGCGUAUGACACAUAAUUUAGUAUCGAAUUAUGGUUUAGAUAAACAUAUGGAUAUGUUAAGACCAAAACGUGCAACACGAGAACAAAUGGCUGCUUUUCAUACGGAUGAAUAUGUGGACUUUUUACAUAGAGUAACACCGGAAACCAUGCAGGAUUUGACCGGAGAUGGACAACGAUUCUUGAUCGGAGAAGAUUGUCCUGCUUUUGAAGGAUUAUGGGAAUUCUGUACAAUGUCGGCAGGCGGAAGCAUUGCUGCUGCCGAAAGAGUAUCUUCUGGAAAGGCUGAUAUAGCGAUCAAUUGGGCGGGUGGAUUGCAUCAUGCUAAAAAGCAAGAAGCCAGUGGAUUCUGUUACGUGAACGAUAUCGUUGUCGGAAUUUUGGAACUACUACGGAUGUACCAGCGUGUGUUAUAUAUCGAUAUCGAUAUCCAUCAUGGAGAUGGAGUAGAAGAAGCAUUUUAUACCACCGAUCGAGUGAUGACCGUUAGCUUUCACAAAUAUGGAGAUUUCUUUCCAGGCACAGGAGACGUUCGCGACGUAGGAAUGAAGAAAGGAAAAGGAUAUGCUGUCAAUGUACCCUUUCGAGAUGGAAUAGAGGAUACGACUUUCGGAGUGAUGUUUUCAACGACUAUUCAGUAUAUCAUGGAUUGGUAUAGACCCGGUGCUGUGGUUCUACAAUGUGGUGCUGACAGUCUAGCAGGCGAUAAACUUGGAUGCUUCAACCUAAGUAUGCAAGGCCAUGCAGCGUGUGUGCGCAUCAUGAAGGCAUAUGAUGUUCCACUACUGGUACUUGGAGGAGGUGGAUAUACAAUCCGAAACGUUGCAAAGACUUGGACAUACGAAACGGGUGUAUGUGCAAACAAGGAAUUGGAUGAGAAUCUACCUUUCAAUGACUACAUUCAGUAUUUCGGUCCAGAAUACAAACUGGAAGUGCCACCUUGCAAUAUGGAUAACAAGAAUUCACGAGAAUACUUGGAGCAAAUGAGAGCAAAGAUCUUCGACAACCUACGGAGUCUGCCUUUUGCACCUUCUGUUCAAAUGCAAGAAACUCCAAAACAAUCUCUCAAUAUAUCUUCAUUAGAGCUGAGCGAGGAUGAAGAUUCCGAUUUGGAUGAACGUAUCACGCAAAAGAUGAAAGAUGCACAUAUCGAAAGAUAUGGUGAUGAGAUGAGCGAUACAGAAGAUGGAGGAAAC